AAUGAAUUAUUUUUAGAAAAUUUUUAGAAAAAUUUAUAACAACAGUGAAAACAAAAAUAUGGCAUCUUUUAAUGAAGAAGAUUUAGAAAAUGAAGAUUAUCAAGAUGACUCUAAAGAUCUUUAUGGUGUCAGAGAUGGUAUACUUUUUUUAAUUGAUGCAACACCUCCAAUGUUCAAAAAUGAUCCACAAAAUGGAAUUCCAUAUUUUUUGCAAUGUAUAAAGCAAUACAAAGAAAUUCUUAAGCAAAAAUUAGUAUGGAAUAGACAAGAUUGGAUGGGUUUAAUUUUAUUUGGAACUGAAAAGUAUGAUUCAGAUUCUGAAACAAAAAAUAUAUUUACUCUUAAGAAAUUAAAUCUUAUCUCAAAGGAUGAUUUAAAAGAUAUAAUGAAAAUAGAUGAAGGAAAAACAUGGGAAUACUACAGAGAUAAUGCUUCCUCUACUUCUUAUCCAUUACAUGAUGUACUAUGGUAUGCAACACGAGCAUUCUCGACUGUGCAUAUUACUAUGCCAAUGAGAAGAAUAAUUCUUUUUACAUGUCAAGAUAAUCCUCCAAUAAUAGAUGAUAAUGAAAAACAUAGAAUAAGAGUAAAAGCAACAAGUUAUAGUGACAUAAAUGUCCAAUUAUCUGUUAUUGGUUUGGGUGAAAAUUGGAAUCAUGAUUUGUUUUAUAAAGAUUUAGAAAUGUUAUCUGGAAAAAUUGAAGCAGAUGAUUAUAAAAGAACAUCUUUAAAAGAUUUGGUAGAACAAGUAAAAUUGCCCUCCAGAAAUAUGGCAAAGCUACCUUGGAGACUUGGAGAAAAUGUGACUAUAGAUGUAUCACUUCGUAAUCUCUCUGUUAAAACACAAUAUUUACAUAAAGAAAAUAUAAGUAAACAAACUAAUAUUCCUUUAACUACAUGUACAUAUUUUAAAGUGGAUAAAGAUGAUAUAAUGACAGAAGAGACAGAUGACAUAGAAAAUAAGCAAACAUCAUCACCUGUUCUAGAAAUGGAUAUUCGAAAAUAUCAAAAUUUCGGUUUGGAAAAAAUAUAUUUUACACAAGCAGAAGUAAAAUCCUUAAGUACAACGCGAGAACCAGGCAUUGAUUUAAUUUGUAUAAAACAUAUUUCUCAUAAUCUUUUAUAUCAUGUUGAAACACCAUAUUUUGUUGUACCAAGCAAAAGUAAUCGUAAAGAUAACAAAUUAUUAUUUGGUGCAUUACUCAAUAAAUGUGAUUCAAAGAAAUUAAUGAUAAUAUGUGCAGUAACAAUAAGAAGUUAUUCUGCUUCAAGUUUAUAUACUAUGAUACCAAAUGUAAAUAAUGGUGGAUUUUAUUUAUAUAAAAUGCCAUUUAGAGAAAAUGUUCGAGAUCUUAGCGAAUAUUUCUCAGAUUUUAUAUAUAACCAUAAUGAAAAAAAACCUCCAAUUGAACCAAAUGGAGUUGAACUUCUAAAAAAUAUAAUGAAAAAAUUAAAUAUCGAAUAUAAUCCGAAAUUAUUUUCAAAUCCUAAAUUACAAAUACAACUUCAAAUAGUAGAAACUUUAGCUCUAGAUUUGGAACAAUUUAAAUCACUGCCUGAUGAUACACUUCCGAAAACCGAAGAGAUUCAUAAACUUAUAAAAGAUUUAUUAGAUGAAUAUGAUAAAAUAUUUAAUGAAGUAACAGAAGACAAUAUACCAAAAAAAAAAAGAAAAAAUGUAAGAAAAUAAAUAAAGUAAUAGAA